UAAAUGUAAAUAAUUUAUAUCUAAAAUGUAGAUAUGUGUAGUAAUCGUUAUUUAUGCUUUCAGUUGAAAAUGUAAAUAAUACAAGCGAUGAAAAUGAUCACAGCUUUAUUGUUAAUGAGAAUAACCUAUCAAAUCCAGACGAUUUAAUAUUAAUAUUAUCAAGUAAGAGCUGUACUGAAACUAGUAAAACUCUAUUGACUCCAGAAUCCAAAGAACUAAAUGAAACACCCUGUUUGUCCAUGCAUGAACAUAACAAGCCCGAAUGUUUAUUAAACCAAAAUGAUCACAGAUUCACUGUUAAUAAAGAUAAUCUAACAAAUCCAGACAAUCUUAUAUUACUAAAUAACAGCAGCACAGAAACGAGUAAAACUCUAUUGUCUACAGAAUCGGAAGAAAUAAAUGAUACACCACGUUUGCCAAUGGUUGAACAUAACAGUCUUCCUAAACAAAGUAUUGUUCCUGAAAAUGAUCCUGCCAAUUGGAUAAAAACUCAAGAAACGAUAGAUUAUUUAUCAAUCAAUGGAUUUAACCAAAAUUUAGAGAACAAUAAUUUCCAAAAGUCAAAAAGAAUUUACACUCAAAUAAUUGGUGGGGUAAGACGUACUCGUUUUCGAUAUAUGUCAAAAAGUAUAUUUAUAUCUACUCUUGUUAAUGGUGAAAAAAUUAACCGAACAUUUUUGAUUUACUCAGAAAGUAAAGGAUCAAUAUUUUGUGCUCCCUGCUAUUUAUUUGGUGGCACUACAUCGUUUGCCACAGUUGGUUUUUCAGAUUGGAAAAAAGGAGAAGAAAAAAUCAAGCGUCAUGAAAAUUCACAACAUCACAAAUUGUGUGUAAUGAAUAUGAAAGAGAGAAAAGAAGUAUUAAAUCGAGUUGAUCAAAAGCUAAAGUAUCAAGUAGAAACGGAAAUAAAUUAUUGGAAAAAUGUAUUGACAAGAGUUGUAGCUGUUGUGAAAUCCCUUUCUUCUCGUGGAAUGUCUUUUAGAGGUGAUGAUGACCGUUUUGGAUCUGUUCAUAAUGGGAACUUUAUGAUGAGCUUAGAGCUUAUUGCUCAGUUUGAUCCUUUUUUAGCACAACACAUUGAGAAGUUUGGAAAUAAAGGAAAAGGUUCAACAUCAUACCUAUCAUUUAAUAUAUAUGAGCAGUUCAUAAGUAUAAUGGCAGAUAAUGUUAUUCAACAAAUGGUGAAAGAAAUAAAGGAAGCUAAAUACUUUUCCAUCAGUAUUGAUUCUACUCCUGACAUUAGCCAUGUAGAUCAACUGUCAUUCAUUUUUCGUUAUGUUCAAAAGAAUGGCUGUCCGGUAGAAAGAUUUUUAGGGUUUUUACCUAAUUCUGGUCAUAAAUCUGAAGAAUUAGCAGAUGCUGUAUUUUUAGUUUUAGAAUCGCAUGGAUUAGAUAUUAAUAAUUGUCGUGGUCAAAGUUACGACAAUGCGUCUAAUAUGUCUGGUAGAUACACAGGACUUCAAGCUCGCAUUAAAAAAGUUAAUCCUUUAGCAACAUUUGUACCAUGCUCGGCACACUCUUUAAAUCUUGUUGGUGAGUGCGCUGUGGACUGUUGUAUUUAUGCUUCUGAAUUUUUUAUUCUGCUUCAAAAUAUUUAUAAAUUUUUCAGUGCCUCUACUUAUAGAUGGGAAAUACUUCAGAAGAAUUUGAUUAAAACAGAAAAUGUAUCUCUUAAAAAACUAUCAGAUACCAGAUGGUCAGCAAGAUCUGAUGCAAGUAUUAGUUUAAACAAAAAUUGGAUUGAAAUAAUUAAUGCACUGUCUUUUAUCAAAGAUGAUAAAACAGAAAAAUCUAUUACAAGAUCAGAAGCUAACGGGCUAUAUUUAAAACUGGAUAGUCUUGAAACAGCUAUAAUGGCCACAUUAUGGGGCGAUAUACUAGAGAGAUUCAACAAAACUAGCAAACAAUUGCAGUCAGUUGAGAUUGAUUUAGAAACAGUUGUAAGUUUAUACGAAUCUUUAAUUCGAUAUGUAUUAGAUUUAAGGAGUAUGUUUGAUAUCUAUGAAGAGAGAGCAAUAAAUAAGUCAGGACACAAAACAUAUCGAAAAAUACGCAAAAGAAAAAGAAAACUAACUGCAGAUGAAAAAAGAGAAGAAGAAACAAAUUUUGAAAUUUGA